CGUUUGCGCCCUUGCUCCCCGCGCCCUGGCAGCGAGACCCGGCCCCGGGUGUCUGCGCGCCGCCGGAACCUCUCCGGGGCGGCCGCGGCGGGCUGACUGGGCGUGCUCGGGAGCUGGGAGGCCGGGCGCCGCGGGAGCCGAGCGCAUGCCUUCGCGGGGCGGGACGCCCGCCGUCCAGGGGCGCCACGCGCAGGCGGCCGCUGUCGCCGACGCCCUGGCCAGCCUGGGCAGGACGCGGGCCAGAAUGGCCUCCCUCACGGCAUACGACAAAGAUAUAAGCAGUGGGAGUUAUAACCUUUCCUCCGCAACGACGGGCAGCUACUACAGUUGUGUCAGCCAGAUCACCAUAGGUUACGACGUUGCUGGGCCUGUUGCAGUUGGGCUCACCCACUGGAAAAAUCCAUAUGCACAAGGCAGACCCACUCUCCCGUCAGAUCUGCCUCUCUUCGUCUCCAAAGAUGCAGGCAUCCCGGUAUAUCACCAAUCCCUCACUCGCAAGACUGAGCUGGCCACGCCUCUGUCUUGCCCAGCUUCACUGUCCAUCACUCCAGUGCCUUCUUACAGCAGCAGCAGCCAGGAAACCCUGAGCCAAGACACAACAGGUUUAAGUUUAUCUAUUCAUGGGGCUGAAAAGCGUUUGCAAAUCCACCAACGGCGAAGUGUGGCAAGCCACCCAGGGUCACGUCGCCUGCCCGUGGUCAGGCAUUCCUCACUCCCACCAGGCAGAAGGUCAAUAAAAAUGGAGGCAAGGUCUUCUGGAAUCACUAAUGGGAAAACCAAAGUCUUCCACGCAGAAGGAGGUGUGGAUUUGCAAAGCUACCAGCUGGAUAUGCAAAUACUACCUGACGGGCCAAAGAGUGAUGUGGACUUUUCAGAGAUUCUUAAUGCAAUACAAGAAAUGGCCAAGGAUGUCAAUAUUCUUUUUGAUGAAUUGGAAGCUGUCAACAGUCCUUGCAAAGAUGACGAUUCUCUCCUUCACCCUGGAAACCUGACCAGUACUUCAGAUGAUGCUAGCAGAUUGGAAGCAGGGGGAGAGACAGUACCAGAAAAAAACAAAUCAAAUGGACUUUACUUCAGAGAUGGAAAGUGUAGAAUUGACUACAUUCUUGUGUACAGAAAAUCCAACCCCCAGAUGGAAAAGAGAGAGAUAUUUGAAAGAAAUAUUAGAGCAGAAGGAUUACAAAUGGAGAAAGAGUCCUCUCUAAUAAAUAGUGACAUUAUCUUUGUGAAGUUGCAUGCCCCAUGGGAAGUGCUCGGAAGAUAUGCAGAACAAAUGAAUGUAAGAAUGCCUUUCAGGAUCGAUAAACAAAUAAGCAGUUUUCGGAGAUGGUUACCUAAGAAGCCAAUGAGGCUGGACAAGGAGACACUGCCAGACCUGGAGGAGAAUGACUGCUACACUGCCCCUUUCAGCCAGCAAAGGAUCCACCACUUCAUCAUACACAACAAAGACACUUUCUUCAACAAUGCCACGAGAAGUAGAAUCGUACAUCAUAUUUUGCAAAGAAUAAAGUAUGAAGAAGGAAAAAACAAAAUUGGUCUGAAUCGUUUGCUUACUAAUGGCUCCUAUGAAGCUGCAUUUCCUCUGCACGAGGGAAGUUACAGAAGUAAAAACUCCAUUAGAACCCACGGAGCAGUAAACCACCGCCAUCUGCUCCAUGAGUGCUGGGCUUCCUGGGGCGUGUGGUAUAAAUACCAGCCUUUGGACCUUGUAAGGCGGUACUUCGGAGAGAAGAUUGGGCUGUAUUUUGCCUGGUUGGGCUGGUACACCGGCAUGCUCUUCCCAGCCGCUUUCAUUGGAUUAUUUGUCUUUUUGUAUGGAGUCAUAACUCUGGAUCACUGCCAAGUCAGUAAAGAAGUCUGCCAAGCUACAGAUAUCAUCAUGUGUCCUGUGUGUGAUAAAUACUGUCCAUUCAUGAGGCUGUCAGACAGCUGCGUUUAUGCCAAGGUAACCCACCUUUUUGACAAUGGAGCCACUGUCUUCUUUGCUGUUUUCAUGGCAGUCUGGGCGACAGUUUUCCUGGAGUUUUGGAAAAGACGGAGAGCAGUAAUUGCUUAUGACUGGGAUUUGAUAGACUGGGAAGAAGAGGAGGAAGAAAUACGGCCCCAGUUUGAAGCCAAGUAUUCCAAGAAAGAGCGGAUGAAUCCCAUUUCGGGAAAACCAGAACCGUAUCAAGCAUUUGCAGAUAAAUGCAGCCGACUUAUUGUUUCUGCAUCUGGAAUAUUCUUUAUGAUCUGCGUGGUGAUCGCCGCCGUGUUUGGGAUCGUCAUUUACAGGGUGGUGACCGUCAGCACUUUCGCUGCCUUCAAGUGGGCGUUAAUCAGGAAUAAUUCUCAGGUUGCAACCACAGGGACUGCCGUGUGCAUCAAUUUCUGCAUCAUCAUGCUGCUGAACGUGCUCUAUGAAAAAGUUGCACUGCUUCUGACAAACUUAGAACAGCCUCGCACUGAGUCCGAGUGGGAGAACAGCUUCACCCUGAAAAUGUUUCUUUUUCAGUUUGUCAAUCUGAACAGCUCCACGUUUUACAUCGCAUUCUUCCUCGGAAGAUUCACAGGACACCCAGGUGCCUACUUGAGGCUGAUAAACAGGUGGAGACUAGAAGAGUGCCACCCUAGUGGAUGCCUUAUUGAUCUCUGUAUGCAAAUGGGUAUUAUAAUGGUGCUAAAGCAGACCUGGAAUAAUUUCAUGGAACUUGGCUACCCGUUAAUUCAGAAUUGGUGGACUAGAAGGAAAGUACGACAAGAGCAUGGACCUGAAAGGAAAAUAAGUUUCCCACAGUGGGAAAAGGACUACAACCUUCAACCGAUGAAUGCCUACGGACUUUUCGACGAAUACUUAGAAAUGAUUCUCCAGUUUGGAUUUACAACUAUCUUUGUGGCAGCUUUUCCCCUAGCACCACUUCUGGCCUUACUGAAUAAUAUAAUUGAAAUUCGACUUGACGCUUAUAAAUUUGUCACACAGUGGAGGCGACCUUUAGCUUCAAGGGCCAAAGACAUAGGAAUUUGGUAUGGAAUUCUUGAAGGCAUUGGAAUUCUCUCUGUUAUUACAAACGCAUUUGUCAUAGCGAUCACAUCUGACUUUAUCCCUCGCUUGGUGUACGCUUAUAAGUAUGGACCUUGUGCAGGCCAAGGGGAAGCUGGGCAAAAGUGCAUGGUUGGCUAUGUGAACGCCAGCUUGUCUGUAUUCCGAAUUUCUGACUUUGAGAACCGAUCUGAGCCUGAGUCUGAUGGCAGUGAGUUCUCGGGGACUCCUCUCAAGUAUUGUAGAUACCGAGACUACCGUGACCCUCCUCAUUCACUGGUGCCCUACGGCUACACACUGCAGUUCUGGCAUGUCUUAGCAGCCCGACUGGCUUUUAUCAUUGUGUUCGAGCACCUCGUGUUUUGUAUAAAACACCUCAUUUCAUAUCUGAUCCCGGACCUCCCAAAAGAUCUAAGGGAUCGAAUGAGAAGAGAGAAGUACUUGAUUCAGGAGAUGAUGUAUGAAGCAGAACUGGAGCGUCUUCAGAAGGAACGAAAAGAGAGGAAGAAAAAUGGAAAAGCACACCACAACGAGUGGCCGUGACCAGGUAACAGUUCCUUUGCAGGCCAAGGACCUGAAUUCUGUUUACUUCUCCCAGCUGUGCAAAAGCACAUUCCAGUGAAUGACUAAAAUGCAACCGCAGUGCAUGUCGCCGAGGUCGGCAGUGGCAGGGGGGUCAGCACUCUUAAAGGACUGCCUGGGAAACCAUGCUGCUGUGAAAUCACAUUGCAGCCCAGCACACAAAUGCUAUCCAUCCAUAGACCAUUCUUGACCAAGCAAGCAUGCACAUCAUGGGCAGUUACAUUCUCAAGUUUUUAAAACCAAGGGGAACUUGUAUACUGGGCCUGUUUUUCAGCCUGUUUGCUACCUUUUUUGCAUUCUAUCCCAUGUGAAUUUUACAGACACUGGGCUGAAAAGGGUAUUUGGACACCUGGACACACAUUCCUAGAAUGUCACAUGGUCCUAAUUCCGUGUCACCAAACAACACAAACAAGACCCUGUUUACAACUUUUUCUUUCUUUUUUUUAAUUUCAGAUCUUUCUGAGGAGAUUAUAUAUGACAUAUCUAUAGCUAUGUGUAUGGCCAUAGAUGUAUUUCUGUGUGUACAUAUGUAUAGUCAUGUAUUCUUACAUAUGUACAUACAAAUACAGAGAUAUAUAAAAGUACAUAGAACUUCCGUACUUGUAAAUAGCCAAAAGGUACUGACAUGAAUGAUGAAUUUUCACAUUUAAAUAGUCAUCAACAUGAAGCCAUGUUUAAUGCUUGUAUAAUGUGAUGCAAUAAAAUUCAAAAUAAAUUUAUGCACAUGGAAUAUUUUUAGCCGGGUCUUCUGAAAUUCUGUUGUAGUUUCUUCUCACAGAAUACGAGGAAUCAUAGAGUGGGGGUCUUUAAAGAAAGUCUGUCACUCCCAAACACUCCUGAGAAAUCACUUCAUCCUUCAGAGAGACUACAUUUUCCUUCCUAACCUACCUUUUCCAUAUGGCUUCCAUUCUACCUUCUUAGAGAGGGUGCCGAGCCAACUCAUGAGAAAUCACUCAGAAGAGUUUGGAAAAUGCCACUGAUGCCCUUUGUUGAGGAAAUGUGAACUAUAACCAAUGAUAUAUAUGAUGCUUUUGAUUACCCUGCCUGCUAGUAUGCUCUGCUGAUCCCAGCAAAGGGACUGUCUGUCUGGAUGGGGGAAGCGGGGGCUGGUGGGGGAGUUUCCUUCUAAGCAAUGCCUGUUGUUGUAAUUACUCUUCUUCCAGAGAUUGCAGAACCCGACUUUGAAUUAUGUUAUCAGCUGGCCUGUGCCAGUCAGGGAAAUGGGAAUGCUCCCAUUACCGCAUCCAUCAACACUGUCUCAUGCUGGCUGCGGAUUCCCAAGAACCUUAAAUGUUUCCUUAGAUGGGAACAGUUGGUCAGAGUGGCUUUGGGCAGGCUAGAACUUCAGCCAUUUCGUAGUUUCUUUCUAGGACUCCUUCUGACCUGAUGUUCCUAGGAAUGAAAUGCAGUUAACCCUUGAACACCACAGGUUUAAACUAGGAGGGUCCAUUUAUAAACAGAUUUUUUUUCAAUAAAUACGUAAUACAGUACUACAGGACCUAUGAUUGGUUGAAUCCAUGAACCGUGGAUAUGGACGGCCAACUGUAAAGUUAUAUGCAGAUUUCUGACUGCACGGAGAUUGGCACCCAUAACCUCUGCACUAUUCAAAGGUCAACUGUACUAACCCUAGCAGAGCCUAAACUAAGGAGAUGUAUUUUAUGGGAACUGAAGACAAGUGGCCAUUGGCAGAGUUUUCUUUUCAAUCAUGGCUAAGAAGUCUGUGAAAUAUUUCACAUCAGCCCUGGGGAAAGGAAUUUCCAAGGAAAGUCUCAAAAGAUGAAAUACAAAGAGAUGCUCCAGACAGACAAAUUGCUCUACUGACCCAGUAUUGUGACUUUUGCUUGUUAUGCCUGAAGCUCUACUUCUAAGCAUCAUGAACCAAUAGAUCUUUGGAUUUAAUACAUCCAUAGCUUCUCUCCUACUCCUUGGAGCAGGAAGAGUGGCAGACGCAGGGGGAAGGAAUGUGAACCCUCCUUGGGUUUGUAAUGGGCCAUGAACAUUCAGAACUAGGUAGAGGACCACCCAACGCACUGGUCAGGAUAAGGAAGUAAACAUUUGUUAAGUAUCGCUUUCUACCUGGUCUGAGUAUAGACUGAACCUAAGACUCUGGCCGGAAAUAUCUUUUGCCCAUGGAAUUCUGCCUUUGCUAUUGCAAGUGCCUCUGGCAAUCACAAUCCCUGAUGCAUUUCUAGCAUAUAAUUCUUCUCUUUCCUCCCUUCCUCUCUGCCUCCCUUCAUUUCUUUCUACCAGCACAGUGAAUACACUCAUUCAUCUUCCCUGUUUUGGGUACAAGGAACACAUAGUGAAUAUCUUAAGAUGUGUUUAGGUUUGUAGAAGAGAAAGGCAAAGAAGGUUGUAAAGGGUAAUUUCUGAGGGGCUUUGUAAGAAAUCAAGUGUUGGGAGUGACAUCACCAAAAUAGUGACAUAGUUACUUUCUGACUUCCCUCCCUGUCCCAAGAAGAAAACUAACAGCUAUUCAUGGAUAAGACACACUAAGAAAAUCCUAGAACAUGGCGGUGAGGCUGAAGCACCUCCCCCGC